GGUUCCCUACUCCUCGACUCUGGUUCUUUUAGGAAGACGGCUUGCUUGCUCUCGCGUAGUCGCGUGCGGUGGGCAUGCGGGAGAUGUCGUCGGAAGAGAGUGCCACGGACGCGCCCGGCAGCCGACCUUCGGACGGCUGGAAGGGGCGCAUCAUUGUCCCCACUCUCCUCGCUGGGGUGGUCGGUGGAGGAGCCGGAUUGGUCUCUAAGCACCGGAAGGUUCUCGGCACGGGCACCAUCGCCGCCACCUAUGCGGCCGAUUUGGCCAUCGUUACCGGUUGCUACUGCGGUGCACGGGAAAUUGCAAGAGAUGCUCGAGCUUCAGAACCCGAUGACCUUUUUAAUUCUGUGAUAGGAGGAAUUGCAAGUGGCGCUCUUCUUGGGAGGCUACAAGGUGGUCAACUAGGAGCAGCUAAAUAUGCAAUCAUCUUCGCAGCUGCAGGGACGGCACUAGAUUUCACCACCAUACAGUUGAGACCCCGUUUUCAAAGCUUCAAGAACACUCUAACCAGGAUCAAAAAUGGAAAUUCAAGCUGGAGUUUCCCAGAGUGGUCACCUAUUCAAGUACUAGACGAAGAAGCUCUUGCUGCCAAGCGUGCCCGAGAACAACAAUUAUACGGCAAAAGAACAUUUGAUAAAUUGAAUAAAGAAGAAUAAGGAGAUUCAACAACUAGAAGUAUGUUUUUACUUUGCAAUUGUCAAGUUUCUGUCUCAGAGUUCCUCUGCAGUAUGGGGACAAGUACAGCCUGAGUUCCAGACUCAAGUUUCAAGUCUACACAAAUAAUCUCUCUUCCAUGUCAUGUUAGAUCUUUGCUCUUGGGAUCAGGAUUAAAGGAUAAUACGAAAGCAAUUCUCAA